CAGCAAUUAUUUUUGGGUUUUUUGAGAUAAAUUGAUUGUUAGCACUACGAUGGGCAAAGCCAAAAAUACUACUAAGAGCACACCAGCGAGUACAAGCAGCGCCUCAACAGCGCAUGCAUCCCAGGCGACCGUUCCAAAGCCCAUUGUUUGGCCCAAGCUAAAAUGGAAAACAGGUCUGGCUGUUUCGGAGCUUGUGACGGGACAUAUAUUUCUUAUUCAAAACCUGUUGGACAGGGAAGAGUGCAAUGCUUUUAUCAAAAUAGCUGACGAUCAGUGCAUUCCCACUCCCAGAGUGCCAAAGCGCGGAGAAGCGUUCCGAAACAACGCUCGGUGUAGCAUAAUCAGCGAGGAAUGUGCGCAGAGGCUGUGGCAGGAUUCGGGGAUGGCCAAGCUCUUGAGCAGAUGGCGUCAUCCUGACGGUAAAUCGCCGGCCGGACUGUUUGAAAACAUUCGCCUCUACUGUUAUGGCCCGGGUCAGCGGUUCGGCAAGCACUAUGACGACUACUUUUUUGACAGCCGGGGCCGCCGAUCCGAGUACACUUUGCUCGUGUAUUUGAAUGCGGUUGAUGACCUGCGUUUCCGUACCAACGACAGAGCGUCGGGAGGUGAGACUGUAUUUUAUGCUCGUCGCAUGGAGCCUGUCAGCGUGAGGCCAGAAGCUGGGCUGGCGCUGCUGCACAAGCAUGGCGCUGAUUGUCUCCAGCACGAGGCCCUCGAGCUUCACAACAGCUACAAAUACGUGCUGAGAUCUGAUCUGAUUUUUGAAUGAAUGUGUGUGCAGGUGCCAGUUAAUUUUAAUUUACUCCGACUCCGACUCUAGCCAAAUCAAAAUUAAAAAUGAUGAAUCCCAAUCAGGCGAUACUUUGACAUGAUAUGAUUCGUGACAUCACCGCCCGAUUUUCUUAAAAAUUUUGUUUCCUUCGAAGUUGUGAAAUAAAGUCGCGAAACUAUUUUUUCAGUUCUUU